UCCAAAACCCCAAACUCUGACUAGCGUUCAUCGUCUAUACACAUACAACAGAACGCAGCAAUGGAGGGAAGGAAGACGAAGAACAGACAAUCGCCUCUCUCUCCUGAACAAUUCGUCUCUCUUAUGUCCCCUUUAAUUGAUUUGGAAAAGGAAGCUGAGAUAUCAGCCUCUAUCACUUCUGGUGCCUCCAGAAAUCUUGAUACUGCCCAAAAGAAAGGCUCCACUAUUCUUAAUUUGAAAUGUGUUGAUGCUCAGACAGGACUCAUGGGAAAAACUCUUCUCGAGUUUCAAUCCACUAAAGCUGAUGUUUUGCCUCCUCAUAAGUUUGGCACCCAUGAUGUAGUUGUGUUAAGACCAAAUAAGGCUGAUUUAGGAUCUCCUGCCCUUGGACAAGGUGUAGUUUACCGGUUAAAGGACUCCUCAAUCACUGUUGCUUUUGAUGAUGUCCCAGAAGAGGGUUUAAAUAGUCCUCUACGUUUGGAGAAGGUGGCAAAUGAGGUGACAUAUCGUAGGAUGAAGGAUGCCUUAAUUCAAUUGAGUAAGGGUGUGCAGAAGGGACCUGCAUCCGACUUAGUUCCUGUUUUAUUUGGAGAUAGGUUGCCAACAUUGUCAAAGAAGGAAAUUACCUUCAAACCAUUUAACUCCAACCUUGAUCACUCUCAGAAAGAUGCCAUUUCAAAGGCACUAUCAUCGAAGAACGUUUUCUUGCUGCAUGGACCUCCUGGAACUGGAAAGACCACAACUGUAGUGGAAAUUAUCUUACAAGAAGUGAAAUGUGGAUCGAAGAUUCUUGCGUGUGCUGCUUCAAAUAUUGCUGUUGACAACAUUGUUGAGCGGCUUGUUCCUCACAGAGUAAAGUUGGUGAGACUGGGGCAUCCUGCACGUUUACUACCUCAAGUGUUGGAGAGUGCAUUGGAUGCACAGGUUCUGCGAGGGGAUAAUAGUGCUUUGGCAAAUGACAUUCGGAAGGAAAUGAAGACAUUAAGUGGGAAGUUGUUGAAAGCCAAAGACAAAAACACAAGGCGAGAAAUCCAGAAGGAGCUUCGGGCUCUUUCCAAAGAAGAGCGCAAAAGACAGCAGUUAGCUGUGACAGAUGUGAUUAAAAAUGCAGAUGUGGUGUUGACAACUUUGACUGGUGCAUUUUCUCGCAAGCUGGAUAACACUUCAUUUGACUUGGUGAUUAUUGAUGAAGCUGCUCAGGCGCUUGAGAUAGCAUGCUGGAUGGCUCUACUGAAGGGUUCAAGAUGUAUACUUGCAGGAGACCAUCUUCAGCUUCCCCCAACCAUCCAAAGUGUAGAAGCUGAGAACAAAGGUUUAGGGAGAACUCUCUUUGAACGCCUUGCAGACUUAUAUGGCGAUGAAAUUAUGUCUAUGCUCACUGUCCAGUAUCGCAUGCAUGAACUUAUUAUGAACUGGUCAUCUAAAGAGCUUUACAACAGUAAGAUCAAAGCCCAUCCUUGUGUUGCUGCACAUAUGCUUUAUGAUCUUGAAGAUGUGGAGAGGUCAUCAUCAACAGAGCCAACCCUUCUUCUCAUAGACAUAGCUGGUUGUGACAUGGAAGAAAAAAAGGAUGAAGAAGAUAGCACACUGAAUGAAGGCGAAGCUGAGGUUGCUAUGGCCCAUGCAAAGAGACUUGUACAAAGUGGAGUCCAGGCUUCUGAUAUUGGAAUUAUUACGCCUUAUGCUGCACAGGUUGUCUUACUGAAGAUGUUGAAAAGCAAUGAUGAUAAACUAAAGGGUCUGGAAAUCUCCACUGUUGAUGGUUUCCAAGGUAGGGAGAAGGAGGCUAUUAUUAUUUCAAUGGUUCGAUCAAAUUCAAAGAAAGAGGUAGGGUUUUUGAGUGAUCGCAGGAGGAUGAAUGUGGCUGUCACGCGAGCAAGAAGACAGUGUUGUCUUGUCUGUGACACUGAUACAGUGAAUAGUAAUGGAUUCUUAAAGCGAUUAGUUGAGUAUUUUGAGGAGCAUGGGGAAUAUCUUAGUGGCUCAGAGUAUCUCAAUGUAUAAUUUGCAUAGCAUGGAAGAAGGCUUGUUGUUUCUCUGAGAGCUUUCUGAAUCUGUUGACUGUAGGGUCCCUUCACUUUUCCUACUGUAUAUUUACUGCAUACACCCUGCCUAUUGUGCUCACAAGAAGUAAGAAGUCUGCAAGUGGUGGAAAAAAGGAUGACCAACCAUAACAACCAUCAUUGUUCUGAGAAUUGUAUAAAGCAUCAUGGGAAAUUCUUUAGUAGAAAAGUUUUGCAUUUUUAUCACUAAUGCAUGUGGUAGAUAUUUUGUGGGUAUGCUUAUAUUUGCAAGCGACUAAUUUCUCCAUUCUUUUUCCUCCAUAGAAUCAUUGUUAUUGUAUUUGAGUAGACAUCAGACUUCAACUUUAGAGUGUGAUCUUGACUUAAAAGGUACAAUCCUUUCUAUUUAUUCACUUUACUGUUUGUUUGCUGUCUUCACAUUAUUCAAGUGAAUCCGACAUGCAGAAUUUUCCUGAAUUUACUUUUCUUCUGACUAUAUUGAAUGGUAAAUGUGGGAAGUCUGCAUAAAAGAUAUGUUAAGUCUUGUAAA